GGCUUUGGUUUUGCUUUAUUGGAGGGUCAAACUGCAGGUAUUAUACAUCUCCACCAAGAACAGCCUGUACCUGUUUCUUACCUUUGCUCAUUUGUGAGUGAAAUACUGCUGUAUCUUACACAUGACGCUGUUUGCAGUUGCAAUAUCCGCUGACCGAUGUCAUAAAUUCUAGGAUUCCUAUGAUUCCUAGAAAAUACAUUUAGUUUUACAGGAGUUGGCGAGACAUCAUCUCAACCAACACUGGGGAACAGUCUUGCCUUUCCGCACUGAAAUAAAGUCGACAUGAGAUCAUGUUUUUACAUGCACCGAUUUAUAGCGUCGCUGAAACGAGGUGAAAACAUGUAAUAAUACUAAUGGUAGGCCGGCUGACGGUGUAGUUACUGUAGUAGUUGGGCGCCGCUGGUCUUCGCUCCACUUGACGUAGUCUUGGCUAGCCGCACCUGUGUACCGAGACUGGGCUGGAGAAGGAAGGCGUAGUGUAUAGUGUAUAGUGAGGUCCUGCUGUAUAGUGGCUACACGCGAGGACAUGGUUACCUUGGGGCACCUCAGGUGUGCACUUGGCGCUCAGUAUGUCCUAAGAACAACAGCAAGAGGCUGCUCAACACCAAGUGCGCACGCUGAUGCGAGGAGCGAGGUGCGUAGCAAUGGCGACGCGAGAAGUGAUGGCGUCGUGCCGCGACGCGCUGUGGUGCCAGGAGGCCGCUCGCCGCGACUCUACGUUUCCAAACUGUUCCUCAGUUUUGGCCGCAGUGAACCACAUGACAAAUUAGCAUGCAAAAGUCAAAAGCUGAUGCUCCAGAAUGAUGUCAUGGACAUCUGUCACUCUGGAGCUUAUCAUUUACUGCCCCUGGGUCAGAGAGCCCUGGAGAAGCUCAUCCGUCUCAUUGACUGGGAAAUGAGUACAGUUGGUGGACAGAAGAUUUCCAUGGUAACAAUAGCACCAGCUGACAUGUGGAGAAAGACAGGCCGAUGGGAGUCUACAGGUAAAGAGAUGUUCAAGCUACAAGAUCGACAUGGCAUGGAGUUCUGCCUUGGUCCAACACAUGAAGAACUGGUUACAAGCAUAUUUGCUUCCAGAUGCCCUUUGUCCUACAGGCGACUCCCUAUUUUACUUUAUCAGAUCUCAAGAAAGUUUCGAGAUGAGAUACAGCCAAAGCAUGGGCUACUAAGGGCGAGAGAAUUUGAGAUGAAAGAUAUGUAUUCAUUUCAUACUGAUGAGGCAUCAGCCAUGGAAACGUAUCACAGCCUAUGUGAAGCUUACAGCCGUAUCUUUGACAGACUGAGUGUCCCAUAUGUUAAAGUGCGUGGUUCAACUGGCAACAUUGGCGGUUCCUUAUCUCAUGAAUUUCAUUAUCUGGCACCAGUUGGAGAGGACAAACUCCUACUAUGCUCUCACUGUGGUGUGCAAGUCAACAAAGAAAUGGCAGAUUCUGUGGAAAAAGAUUGUCUCAACUCAGGACACGAUUGUCAGCUACAGGAAGUGUCAGGAACCGAAGUGGGCCAUUGUUUUUAUCUCGGUACAAAGUACUCUUCAGUUUUCAAUGCACUUUUCGAGAUGCAGCUGGCGAGAUCAAGUGAGUGGAGCAUGAAGUUCGUCAAACUGACGCACAUGGGGUGUUUUGGUCUGGGGGUAACAAGAAUCCUGCAGGCAGGGCUGGAGGUAUUGUCCUCGGACAGUCAUCUGCGCUGGCCAUCUUUGCUUGCUCCAUACCAAGUUUGCAUUAUUCCACAAAAGGAAGGCUUUGAAGCAGAGAUAUACGCGGAGUUGGCUGAUGACCUCAGUGAUCAGCUGACUCAGUUGCCUGCUUUGCAUGGAGAGGUGGUCAUUGAUGACAGAACACAGCUGUCCAUAGGUCACAGAGUAUAUGAUGCUCUACAGAUUGGCUAUCCAUACAUUGUCAUUCUUGGCAAAAAGGCACGUGGAAAUCCUUGCAUAGUUGAGGUGCAGAACACUAUAUCAGGAGAGAGAAACUUCCUGAGCAGAGACCAGUUGUGGGACCUGAUGUCAUCGGUAGUCACCUUAUAACAUUUCCUGGGUUUUCCUUGUGCUUCAGCCCCUACCAACAGGUGUCUAAACAUUUUGUGACAUGUUUGCUUCAUGUACAUCUGUGGGUGUUCACUUCAGGAUAUUUGAGUGUUAAGAUGAAAUGGAUGUUUGAAUGACAUAGAUUUCAGAUGAUUGUAACCUUGUACACGAUGAACAAGCUCAUGGAUGAGAAA